CUACAUUAGCAGCUAGACGCGUCUGUACAUGGACCCGACAUUGCGUUGAGCCGAAAUCGAAUCAUUCGUUUUUAAUGCUUUGUGAACGGAGCUGUAAUCGCGCUUUCUAAUAGCGUUACUGUAUUUGUGUUGUUUGGUAAAAGCGUUUGAUGCAUAUGACCGUGUGCUGGAGGUUCUUCUUGUUGCGCACGUGACGACAUGCAUAUACAUGCUAUAGGAGCUGGUGACGUUCACGUGACGUUGAGAGUAAUAAUGACGGAUGCGCCGUUUGUGCAACGGUGUCUGUCUGUCCGGAAGUAUGCCGUGUACGUGCUUUUUGUGCUGUUGAUUGCUUUCACACUGGACCAGAUGGCGCGAUAUACGCUGGGUGUGGUGGCUCGGCCGGUCGCUCAAGAUUUGGAGUAUGGGGACAAGUCUUGUAUGGCAAACACGAGUGAUCUGCACUACAGCAAUUACAGUGAUUUGUUCAGAAAGACGUGCAGCAAUUUGUUUCACGACAAGAAAGUACCUAGUGGCAACAGACCGAGCCUCUGCAUUCAACAUCAAUUCAACAUUUCUUGCUACAACCAAUGCAUAAUCGUGCAGGGCUGCAAAUGGGAUUAUGAUGGCACGGGACUGCUUUACCAGGUUAUUGCUGGUCCAAUCUUUGUCGUAGUCUUUACAAUGGGAGGACUGCUGAUUGGACUGGCCGCUGAUCGAUACAAUCGCAUCCUUCUCUACUCAUUCUCUGUCUUCGUAUUCAGCAUAUCGACCAUUGGAUCCGGCCUGGCAACAGAGUACUGGAACUUAGCGCUCUCAAGAAUGGGACUAGCUUUAGGGGAAUCGGGAAUAUGCCCAAUCGGGUCCAGCGUGAUUGCAGACUACUUUCCACCGUCUCAGCGAGCGUUAGCACUUGGCAUAUUCAGCUGGGGCACCUAUCUUGGUUACGGCCUAUCCUUUGCCGCAGGUAACGCCAUUUAUGAUUCCUUGGGAUGGCGUUGGACGUUCUUCAUGACCGGCAUACCGGGGAUUCUUAUGGCAGUCAUCAUUGCCGGUACCGCGCAGCAUCCAGUCAGAGGUCAGCUUGAAAGCCGAAAGCCGGUAAUCAAACGAAAGUGGAAGACAGUCGCGGUUGAGUUGCUCCGUUUGUUCUUCUGUACGCCAUCCGUGUUGCUGCUGUGUGUGGCAGGCGGCGUGCGGUACGGUGCCGGCUACGUUUUCGCUUACAACGCGGAGCUCUUCUUCCAGAACGUCAUGAAACAAACGUCGACACAAGUAGACAAGAUGUUCUCAUGGAUACCACUCAUUGGUGGUUCUAUCAGCGUAGUGGUAGGCGGCCUAGUCGCGGACAAGAUGGCGAAAAAGAAACGCGGUCCUCGGAGCCGCCUUUGGGUCGUCGUUUGCAGUCAAUUUUUAGCAGCUCCUUUCGCAGCUGCUGCGCUGUACUUCAAUCCUCCUUGGUGCUAUCUUAGUCUGUUUCCGGCCUACGUCAUAGGCGAGAUGUGGAUAAGCGUUACUCUGGCAGUCGGUAUCGAGCUGGUUCCAAUUCACCUCAGGACUUCAGCGGUAGCAAUUUAUCUCCUGAUUAUAACAAACAUCGGAGGCAACCUGACUGCGGUUGUUUCUGGUCUAAAGUCAGCGUUUGGUGGUACCGACGAGGCGUACCAGUGGUCACUACUCAUCAUGUUCCCUGGCAUGUACAUACUAGGCGCUGUGCUCUUUCUUUGUACCGUUUUUGCUUUGAAUACAAAGAGCUAUGAUACUACAGAGAAAGAAAGCAGUAGUAGCACAAGGUCUCUAUUGGAUAAAAAUUGUGACAGAGAGGAGACAAUCCCUCACUCGAUCAUACAAAUACAACAAACUGAUGACAGUUAG